GUUCAGCAGAAUAAGUAGAGCAGUCGACAUCUUUGAAGGCAGGUUCUGACUUGUACGCAAUGACAGCUUUGUGGCUUUAAGUCAUCACAGUGCUUGUUUUGAGGGACUUUACGACCCAGAAUACCCCUGGAGUAUACCUGUGUUUCAACUGAUUUGAGCGAUUCUUGUUUUUUUGGUCGUUUCCUAAAGAUGGGAAGUCAAUAUCAGCGCUCUGUACCGCUGGAGGUGAGGAGAGCAGAGGGAGAGAGAGUUCGAGCCAAACAUCCUGACAAGAUACCGAUCAUUGUGGAGAGGGCGUCGAGGUCACGCGCUCCCGAGCUCGACAAGAAGAAGUACCUGGUGCCGUCGGAUUUAACAGUGGGCCAGUUGUGCUUUCUGAUUCGUCAGCGUAUGUCUUUGAGACCAGAAGAUGCGCUCUUCUUCUUUGUCAACAACUCUCUCCCUCCAUCCAGCUGUCCGCUCUCAACUGUAUACGAGGAGCACCACGAGGAGGACCUGUUUCUUUACAUGACGUACAGCAACGAGAGCGUGUACGGUGCCUGAAGCAAAACAAAAGACUGGAAAAGGACUCGGAGGGAGAAUGAGAGUAGACAAACUGGGACUGGAGCAAACGUUGACAAAUGUUUGAGCUUUGCACCCCUUCUUUGUAUUCGCUUUGACAAGUAACUGCAAUUAAAGGUGGAAGAAGGACUUUAUAAAGGACAAGAAAGGGUCUCUGGAUUUGGUUUUACCUUUUGACAGUAUUUCAAGCUGAGCAUGAUGCAUUUAAAAACACUUUAGUUAUGUGGAUUUAUUUCAUGGUAGGAUGGGAGGGUUUUAGAAGAGUGAAAGCAUUUUGAAGGGAAUGUAAUAAUGUGUUGAGACAACUCUCAUUAUCUUUCUCAGUCACCUGUAUUUAAUGCAAAUAGCAUUGUUUUUGUUUUUUGUAAAUUAUCAGAAUUUCCUUUGCGUAAAAUAAAGAAAAUUCAAAACUUCA